AUGGAUAAUUGGUUUACAAGUUAUGGAUUUAGAGUUAAUCUCUUGGAGAAAUAUAGAUUAACAUUUGUUGACCCUUUCAGAAAGAACAAGAUAGAACUUCCCCCUCAGUUUGUUGCCACAAGAGGCAGAACUGAAUAUACAAGCUUGUUUGGUUUCCAGAAGGAUGUUACACUGACCCCAUAUGUUCCCACGAAAAGUAAAAAUGUCGUCCUAUGGAGUACAAUGCAUCAUGAUGCUGCAAUUGAUGUAAGUACGAAAGAAAAAAGAAAACCAGAGAUUAGAACCUUCUACAACAUUACUAAAGGAAGGGUAGGCCCCGUGGUGGAUCAAUUGUGUUCCAUGUACGAUGUUUCCAGAAAUACUCGAUGUUGGCCACUUACAGUUUUCUUCACCAUACUCAAUGUUGCAGGAAUAAAUGUAUACAAUAUGUUCAUGGCAAACCCUCAAACAGCUAUCAGGGUCUGA